GAGCGCGGGGCUCAGUCGGGGGGCGGCGGCUCCGGGGAUGGCGGCGGCUCCGCUGCUGCUGCUCCUGCUGCUCGUGCCCGUGCCGCUGCUGCCGCUGCUGGCCCAGGGGCCCGGGGGGGCACUGGGGAACCGGCAUGCGGUGUACUGGAACAGCUCCAACCAGCACCUGCGGCGCGAGGGCUACACGGUGCAAGUGAACGUGAACGACUAUCUGGACAUCUACUGCCCGCACUACAACAGCUCGGGGGCGGGCCCGGGGGCGGGGCCCGGGCCGGGCGGCGGGGCGGAGCAGUACGUGCUGUACAUGGUGAGCCGCAGCGGCUACCGCGCCUGCAACGCCAGCCAGGGCUUCAAGCGCUGGGAGUGCAACCGGCCGCACGCCCCGCACAGCCCCAUCAAGUUCUCGGAGAAGUUCCAGCGCUACAGCGCCUUCUCGCUGGGCUACGAGUUCCACGCGGGCCAGGAGUACUACUACAUCUCCACGCCCACCCACAACCUGCACUGGAAGUGUCUGAGGAUGAAGGUGUUCGUCUGCUGCGCCUCCACAUCGCACUCCGGGGAGAAGCCGGUCCCCACCCUCCCCCAGUUCACCAUGGGCCCCAAUGUGAAGAUCAACGUGCUGGAGGACUUCGAGGGAGAGAGCCCCCAGGUACCAAAGCUGGAGAAGAGCAUCAGCGGGACCAGCCCCAAGCGGGAGCACCUGCCCCUGGCCGUGGGCAUCGCCUUCUUCCUCGUGACGCUCUUGGCCUCCUAGCUCUGCCCGCCCCGGCAGGGAGAUGGGCGGGGCUGAGAAGGGGCAAGGAGCCUCGGGCUGUCCGAGGGGCGCCUAGCUGUGGGCCCGGCCCUCUCCGUGGCUGAGAGUGGGGUCUGCGUACACCUGUGCCCGCCCCCUGCCCUCCCAGGAAGGGCCCUGCACUGCACCACGCACGGGACAGCCACAGCUCCCAGGUGGCCUUGUGCCUCUGGUAAUGUUUGGUACCAAACCCCAGGGCCACGAAGGGCAGUGCUCAGUACUCCCUGCCCCUCGUACCUCUCCCUGCCCCCUGGUGCCCUCCCCUGUCCUCCCCUCGGAGACAAUUGUGCCCCAGAGACAGCACGUUGCAGCGAGGGAGGCACCAGGUCGCCCUCCUCCUGGGGCAGAGCAUGGGGAGGAGGCAGCACCGCCCGCUGCCCCCCUGUUUACAGCAAUAAGACGUCCUUCCCCACCCACUCGAAGGAUUGUGGUUUGGAGCGAAUCCAAGUUUACAAGUAGACACCCCUGGGGGCAGGCAGUGGACAGGGGUGGCAGAGGGGUGGGCACUGGGGUGCCAGGCAGGCAUGUACAGACUAUAUCUCUGUAUAUAAUGUACAGACAGAGUCCCUCUUCCUCCUUAACCCGACCUUUCUCGACUUCCCCUUCCAGCUUUAGACCCCUCCCCACCAGGCUAGGCCCCCCGGGGACCCUGGCCCCUCUUUUGUCUUCUGUGAAGACAGGACCUAUGCAACGCACAGACUCCCUCCCAGCCCUGCCCACCCUGUGGUCCUCACCCAUCCUGGGCCUUUUUCAAGUGCUUUGGCUGUGACUUUCAUACUCUGCUCUUAGUCAAAAAAAUAAACUGGAGAUAAAAAUAA